AUGGAUACCAAAAGAUCAGAACUAGCGGAACUCAUCGCACAAACUGGACACGAGAUCAAUUGGAAGGCAAUAGAAAGAAGAGCUCCAUGCGGGGACAACACAAUGAAGCGCAAGAUUAGGGAGGUUGUUGACAUGCUUGCGGAGAACAAUUUAAUGAACAGGAGAUUGGAGAAAGGUAGAGUUAGCGAUAACUUUGCCCACUGCCUAAGCAAAAUCGUGAAGAAAAAUCGAGCAAGACCAGCAAAAAAGGGACGCCUGGAGCAGGGAUCUGCUGCUAACCGGAGAAAAGGGUCUGCGAUGACGAAAGGGGGGGGAUUAGGGGUAUUGGGCAAUAAAGCGAAGACGUUGUCAGUGAGUGAUGUCCAUUUCGAAACAAACCAGUACAACUUUGGGGGCCUGGCAGUCAGGGAGCUGGGCAGACGGAUAAGCAAACCGUCAUAG